CCGCGGUGUCCGCCGGUCAGACCGGGCUCUCUCUCUCGCUCUCUGUCGAACAAGAUGGCGGCCACAGCGCCCGGGGAUCCCGGGACCCAGCUCCCGCCUCACCGAGCGGCCCCGGCCCGGAUCGGGUACUACGAGAUAGAGAGGACUAUCGGCAAGGGGAACUUCGCGGUGGUGAAGCUGGCCACGCACAUCGUGACCCGGGCAAAGGUUGCAAUCAAGAUAAUUGACAAGACUAAGUUAGAUGAGGAAAACCUAAAGAAGAUAUUCCGGGAAGUGCAAAUUAUGAAGAUGCUGUGUCACCCCCACAUUAUCCGCCUUUACCAGGUGAUGGAAACCGAAAGAAUGAUCUAUCUGGUGACAGAGUACGCAAGUGGAGGGGAAAUAUUUGAUCACCUGGUUGCACAUGGACGUAUGGCUGAGAAGGAAGCCCGUAGGAAAUUUAAACAGAUUGUGGCUGCCGUUCAUUUCUGUCACUGUAGAAACAUUGUACAUAGAGAUCUAAAAGCUGAAAACCUGUUGCUGGAUGCAAACCUCAACAUCAAGAUCGCAGACUUUGGAUUCAGCAACCGGUUUACCCCUGGACAGCUUUUGAAGACCUGGUGUGGGAGUCCUCCCUAUGCUGCCCCGGAGCUUUUUGAAGGGAAAGAGUAUGACGGACCCAAGGUUGAUAUCUGGAGUUUGGGAGUUGUCCUGUAUGUGCUGGUCUGCGGAGCACUUCCUUUUGAUGGGAGCACCUUACAGAAUCUCCGUGCGCGGGUCUUAAGUGGGAAAUUUCGUAUCCCUUUCUUCAUGUCCACAGAAUGUGAGCACCUGAUCCGACACAUGCUGGUUUUGGAGCCCAGUAAGCGUCUCUCCAUGGAGCAGAUCUGCAAACACAAGUGGAUGUGCCAUGGCGAGCAGGACCUUGAGUUUGAAAGACUAAUAGCAGAGUGCCAGAAUGUCAAACUCGAGAGACAGAGGGAGCCUUUGAAUGAGCAAGUCCUGCUUACCAUGGCUGAAAUGGGUUUGGACAAGGAACGUACUCUGCAGUCUUUAAGAACAGACGCCUAUGAUCACUACAGCGCUAUCUACAGUUUACUUUGUGACCGUCUGAAACGUCAUAAGACUCUUCGCCUCCCGGGUACCCCUCCUUGUAUACCUCGCCCAGUGUCCUUCCCAGCUCUACCAGUUCAGGUGGAAGACACUGGUAGUGCAGUAAGUAUGAAUGUUCCUCAAGUUCAACUCAUCAACCCUGAGAACCAGAUUGUUGAGACUAAUGGCACUAUGAACUUGGAUAGCGAUGAAGGGGAAGAGCCUUCUCCAGAAGCGUUGGCUCGCUAUCUCUCCAUGAGGAGGCACACUGUGGGCGUGCCAGACACCCACACUGAAGGGGGAGCUGAAGAGCUACAGAAGAUGAUUCCUGGGUUCCCAAGGAUCACUCCUCAGACUCCAUUCCUACCAGUGACUCAGAAUGCCAAUGUUAUGCACACGUUGCUUCCCAUGCCACCCGGCUGCCAUCUCGAAUACAAGGAGCAGUCUCUUCUUCAGCCACCAACGCUACAGCUUUUGAAUGGGAUGGGUCCCCUUGGUCGCCGAGCAUCAGAUGGAGGCGCUAACAUACAGUUACAUGCUCAACAGCUUUUGAAAAGGCCACGUGGACCAUCUCCCUUGGUCACUAUGACAACUGCUGUACCUGCUGUUACCCCGGUAGAUGAGGAGAGUUCAGAUGGGGAACCUGAUCAGGAGGCUGUGCAGAGAUAUCUUGCCAAUCGCAGCAAGAGGCACACAUUGGCAAUGACUAGUCCGACUGCAGAGAUCCCUGCUGAUCUUCAGCGUCAACUGGGACAGCAACAAUCCUUUCGAAAUAGAGCUUGGCCUCCCCACCUUGCAGCUGACCCCCACCGAUCCAUGUAUAAAGACUCAAAUACCCUUCAUCUUCCCGCUGAGCGUUUCUCUCCCGUGCGCAGGUUCUCUGACGGUGCUGCCACAAUACAAGCUUUCAAAGCUCACCUGGAGAAAAUGGGCAACCAUAACAGCAGCAUCAAACAGUUACAGCAGGAGUGUGAGCAGCUGCAGAAAAUGUAUGGUAUACAUAUGGAUGAGAGGACACUGGAACAUACACAGCAGCAGCACAUUAUGUAUCAGCAAGAACAUCAGCAGCACUUUCUGCAGCAGCAUCUCCAGGACUGUAUCUGCCCCCCACAGCCGUCACCCCCUCUACAGACCUCAACCGUGGCACCAGCCUGUGAAAAUCAGCCAGCUCUGCUUACCCACCAGCUUCAGAGGUUGCGAAUUCAGCCUUCCAGUCCUCCCCCAAAUCCAACCAGCAAUCACCUUUUUAGGCAGCCAAACAGCAGCCCUCCACCGUCCUCCAGUGCCAUGCUCCAGACUCAUGGGGCCUCAACUUCUACUCCAUAUCAGGGGAUGCCUCCUCACAGUGCUAUCUAUCAGCCUUCUAGCAGUGGCUCUCCCCCUCCAAACAUGCCACUGCCUCGGAUGAAUAUCCAGCCGCAGAGCCAACAGUCUGCACAGCAAGUUACCAUCCAAGUUCAGGAGCCAUCAGAUAUGCCAGGAUCCUCCCGGGGUGUGCCAAUCAAUCCUUGUGCCAACCAUAUACAGAUGCAGCAGCGAGCUACGUUCAUGGCAUCUUUGGGCUGUUACAGUCACAGACCCUUGUCCAAGCAGCUGAGUGCAGACAGUGCUGAAGUGCACAGUCUGAACGUGGGCCGCUUCUCCCCUUCCACAAACUAUGACCAGACCCACCUCCACCCUCACGUAUUCCCAGAUCAGCCUCGGCCUCCUCCUGUCGGGUACACUUCCACAGCAAGCACAGGAUACAAUACUUCUGGUGGCACAGGGUACCAGCAGGUCAUGAAGGUACCUCAAAUGGAGCAGUAUCCUGGUUUCCCUGCCACCCCCCAGCAGAACUACAAUCCCUCAAGUCUGCAACAGGCUUUACUAUCCCCCACCCCUGCCACCUAUACCAGGCAUCACCAGCAGUUGCCUCACAUGUUACAGGGUCUACUCUCCCCUCGUCAUUCUCUGACUGGCCAUGGAGAUGUACGCCUGCCCCCUGCUGACUUCAUGCAGCUUCUCAAACAGCACCAGCAACAGCAGCAAGAGUUGAAUGAACUUUUUAACCAGCACCUGAGCCAAGGUGAUGCUGGGAACAUUUCCUACCAGAGCUCACCUGAGCCCUUCCACCACCUCCUUCAAAUCCGAGCACAGGAAUGUAUCCAUCCAGCUCCAACUGUUCCCUCAUCAUCCAGGUACCACCCAGCCAUGCUGCACUCCGAGAGCAUGGAGGAGGACAACUCUGGAGAUGGACAUGGGGUGGGCGAGGGAGAAACUGUCAGACCCCUGGUGAAGCCCUGCCAGGAGACUGGACAUGGAGAUACAGAAUCUAUGUUGGGGACAAUGACAAUUAGGGAGCAGGAGCUGGGAACACAGCAGUACCAGUCGCAGACCUACAGCCGGACCAAGCCUACCAGCAGAGAACCUUCCGUGAAAUGCAUGGACAGGGUCUCUCCAACACAAGUCAUGGAUGUUCCGGACCACAAUGGAGUUCCCUACCCCCCCAGGGGCCCACCCAGUGAGCACUCACGUUCCAGGAUGCUUCAGCGACACCACACCAUUCAGACUAGCGACGAUGCCUACGUGCAGUUAGAUAAUUUAGCGGGAAUGAGUUUAAUGGCAGGUAAAGCUCUAAGUUCGGCUCGUAUGGCGGAUGCUGUUCUAAGUCAGUCUUCGCUCAUGGGGAGCCAGCAGCUCCAGGAUAACGAAGGCGAGGACUGGGGUAGCCAGCAGCUCCUGGAUGGAGAAAACAAGGAUUGUGAGAGAAAUCCUGAAGCAACAGACCUGUCUGUGAUGGGUGACAAUGGACAGCAUAUCCCCAAUUCCUGCUACCCCAGCACCCUGCUGUUGGGAUAUAAGCACACAGAUAUGAACUUCAGCAUGGAGCAAGCGGGAGUGUGAGGAGAGGUUAUCUGUCAAGACAUAGAGGGUCCCAUCUUCUGAACACCAACAGUAUCUGCAGCUUUGGAGCCAAACUUCAACCGUAUUCCUUCCAACUGACCCCGGUGCCGCUCCAUUCCCCACAGACUUAUUCUGGAAGUCGUCAUGCCCUUUCCCCCCAUUAUGGUUCUUAUUUUGUUACUCUGUAAACCCACACCUUCUAAACAAGAAUCGGGGCUGCCACAAAAAGGGGAAGAGUGAAUGGUGGGGAGAUGUUGUUUUAUUUUGUAAACAUGAAUCAGACUAUGAGGUUCUGCCCAUGUAGACAGAGGAGGGAAGGAGAAUGUGAGUUUUCUUUGCAGGAAAGCAACAGGGAAAGUUAGGGUAAUGGAGUAUUUGGUUAUUUUCAAAUAUUGAAAUACCAGCAAAAGAAUCCCAUUCAGAAAUAUGGCAGAAGAACUGGCAAGAGGCUUUUGCCCCAUCCGUUAGUGUAUCUGCUGACAUAGCUGGUACUUGCGCUGGUUCUGAUGGGAGAAUCUGGCGUCUGCGGAAGGCUACUUGACAGGAAAUGUGGUUGUCUGAAGAUGGGCUGGCAGGAGAAGUUGGCUGUUAAGGUUGAGGGUUGGUAAUGAGGAGAGUGUGUGUAUGCCAUAGUCGAUCCUUUAAUGACCUGCUUUCUCUUAGUUUUUGAGACAUAACAAAGACACUACACUGGCCAGUAACUUAAUCUAUGAACGUCACACAAACCCCUUUUUUUGUAAUUUGCACUAUUUUUUUAUUGAGAGUCUAAAUAGCUGUAGCAUUAGCAGAGACUUCAAUUCAUUCUUGUUGAGUGAAGGGAAAGCCAAAGAAUAGAAAGAAUCCUCUACAAGGAGGGCACAUAGAUUUAUCAUUUAUCUCUGAAUUUCGCUGUACAUAUAUUAUCCAGAUGUUUUCACUUUUUAGGGUAGUAAUGUAAGGGUAACUCAAUCUGUCAAAUGUUCACUAAAGGGAGAGACUCCUUUCCUAAUUUCAAGGUAUAUGUCCAGGUAUAAUUCCAGUCUUCAAAUAAUACUAAGGGCUUGGAUUCCAGCAGUUAUCCGUGGCAUUUUACAUAAAGUGGUGCUAUUUUUUAUUUUUUUUUAGGGGUGGCAUGGAAGACCAAAAUGGACUAUAGAAAGAUCAAUCUAUGUUCUGAUGGGCUAUUAAGUAAACUCCAACCAUUAUGGGGCUAUACUCAAACCCCCUUUCUUACAUACACCAUCUUCUUCCACCCCUGCCCUUAGGGUUAUUUACCAGAAAUGUAUUGCUUUGUUGUCAUAACAACGUUGUUCUUAAAGACCAAUGUCCUACUUGCUUGGUAACAGCAGGGCAAUGUGGACAUGCUAAUGAUGCUUUUGUAGGUUUUGCACAAGAUUGUCAUGGCUGCAAAGAAAUGUCAUUUGUCCAUAAGGUUUUAAUUUAAAAUUUUAAGGUGGUGUCACUACUGUUUCUCUACCUAUAAGGCACCGGAGUUGCAAAUUGUGCACUAGUUAGACGUAGCUGUGUAUGAAUGACUGGUCCACUUCUAGAGAUUUACUGCAUUUAACCUUUAGUUCCCGUCCGAGAUGAUUUAUAUAUAUAUAUAGCGCCUGUAAUACAAAGCUUUAAAACAUAUUUCCUUCCUUUCAGAGAUCGAAUUAAUGUUUUAUAAGUCAG